AUGCGACGACUCUGCAGUUGUAUCGCUACAACGUCGCAUUGGGUUCAAUUCUGUCACUGUUCACAUCGGGCAUCAUUGGCGGGUGCUGUUAUGAUCCCUUUCGACGAUGAAUCCGGAACCUAACUCGAUCCAUGAACGGAUCGAGACCUUUGACCGUCCGAGCUCGGUCGACACUCCUAUCGCCAUGAGCAGAUUCGUUCAACUUUGCAAGGAAUAUAUUUCCUAUACUAGGACUGUACGGAAAGGAAGUGACCACGACCAGCAGGAGAAAGCCACAUGCAGGACUUUCUUAGCCAUUGUCAAGCUCCCGCAUGUCUGGCCAGUCGUGCAGUGCUUGAUCGAAGAGUUUCAAUACCCGAUGAAGGACCUCGAGGAGGACGGCACGAUAUUCCGCGAAAUACUCCGCAUACUGAAGCGAGACAAGACUCCGCCCCAGAUUCUGCCCACCCCAAGUGAAUACGAUCUCUGGGAACAGGAGACUUAUUGGACCCGGGUCACGGCUGCGUUCGACUAUCUGACCUUUGCCUGGGAGCACCAGAACAGCGCACCUGGAGCGGCGGGUAAGCGACGAGCGGACGAACGGGCGCAGGACGCCAAGGUCAAAGUCACCCAAUUCAUUGAUAUCGUGACGCAAGCCAUGGGUGAUGCGGACCUCGCCCAGCUUGAUAGGGGCUCCGACGAUGAAGAUGUCGAAGCCGAGGAGGUACCAGACAGCCAACUGGACGACCCUGCUGAAGGAUGAGCCACUAUUGAACAUCGAAGAUGAGACCAGAGGGGCGUGGCUCCCUGACAAGCAGCGCCACUUGACUCGGUGUAUUCUUGAUAUUCAGUCUGCUGGCCCUCGACUUCUCUUUAUGCUGUGAGCACCAAUAAAGGAAUACAAACCCG